AUGUUAAAAACUCAAAAACUGAACGAUUUGGUUCUCGCCGAGCUCAUUAUAACGCCUUCGCUGUUUCCUUUGCAGGGCUUUCUAGUGCUCCUUGUGGGCGCUGCGCUCGCCGAGGAAAAGGACAGCUUCUCCAUCGGUCUCGGCGUGCUGUCCCCAUCCUACAGCCAGAAGAUCGGCGUCGACGGGAGCACCAAGGUUGACUUCAACCAGGAAAAGAGCGGCUUCUCUUACUCCGUCAGCAGCGGCAACCCGGCGGAAAAGGGGUCUGCAGGCUCCCCGACCAAGCCCUACUCGCACAUCAGCUUCAGCCAGCAGUUCCAGGAGCCCCGCUCCAAGGGCGCCGGUGAACUGCAGCAGGUCGCCCAGCACCAGGCACCGCCGUCCCAGGCGUCCUACGGGCAGGGAAGUCCCUACGGCGGGGCCGGAGGACAACCCGGAGCCGGGGGACAUCCGGGCGCCGGAGGUCAUCCCGGUGGCGGAGCCCACGGCGGAGCUGGAGGUCUCGUAUUCAGCGCGCCCUACAACGCAGGCCCAGAAGCGGCCAAAGUCCAGUACGUACCGCAGGGCUACGCUCCGGGGCCACAGGCUGCGCCACAGUACGCGGGCUACGGAGGAACAUCGGGACCCUACAGCUUGUCCGCUGGUGCUCAGCACGGAGCUCCUCAGCAGGCGGCUGGGUAUGGUUACGCCCCUUCAGUCUUCAGCGGUGGCAACUCACUGGCCGCCUACGGCGGCUCACCUGGAGGUCCUCAGGGAGGCUACGGUGCUCCCCAACAGGCCGCCUACGGAAGUCCUCAGGGCCACCAGGGCUUCGCUGCCGAAAAUGCAGCCGCACUUGCGGCCGCGCAGCAGCAGGCGUACUCUCAACAGCAACAGGCCUACGCUCCUCAGCAGCAAGCUCUUCAGCAGUCUUACGCACCACCCCAGCAAGCUUACGCCCCUCAGCAACAGCCAUCUUUCGCCCCUCCGCAGCAUCUGUUCGCUGCACCCCAGCAAUCCUACGCACCCCCUCAGCAAUCCUACGCGUCGCCCCAGCAAACCUACGAGGCCCCGCAGCAGGGGUACAGCCCUAGCAUCUUCUCUAGCAGCCACAACCAGGGGCUAGGCUCCCUCGCCCACUACAGUGGAGCCGGAGGUGCAGGCGGUGCCGGCAGCGCUGGUGGCGCUCCAUCCCAUGGUGCGGGACACGCUGCCGCUCCGAGUGACACCGGCUCUGCUCCGCAGUACGGUGCCAACAUCUUCGGCCCAGCCCAAACCUUCGUGCCUCAAGGUCCAGCUAUUUACGGUGGUGGCGCUGGAGCGGCAUCUGCCCUUCAUGGAGGCUACGGCGGUGGCAGUUCCGGUGCCGGAGCCGGAGCCGCGGCUGCGCUUCAUGGCGGCUACGGUGGCGCAGGAGCUGCCGGAGCCGGCGCAGGUCUUUACGCUGGCGGAGCCACUGCUGGAGCUGCUCUUCACGGCUAUGGUGGCGGUGGUGCCCCAGCUGGUGCCGCCCUUCUGGGAUACGGUGGCGGCGCCGGAGCCGGGGUGGCACUUUACGGUGGUCAUAACGGUGGAGCCGGCGGAGCCGGUGGAGCUCUACAUGGCUACGGUGGCGGAGCUGGUGGAGCCCUUCAAGGUUACGGCGGUGAAGCCGCGGGCUCCGCCACUGGGGCUUCAUCGUACCCAGGAGCUGCCGGAGGCUACGCUCAUCUCGCCGGCCUUACGGGAGGCCACGGAGCAGCAUCCGGAGUGCAGUACGCUUCCGGAGCACCUUCUGGCGGGCCCCAACCCGGUGGAUACGCUCCGUUUGCUGCAGCCCUCAGGGCCGGUGGAUACGGAGCGCAGGGAGGCCACGGAGCGCACGGAGCACAUGGAGGAGCCCACGGAGGAGCCCAAGGAGCCGGUGGCUACGCUGCCGCGUCGUCGUUGCCGCAGUUCCAGGCCUACCACGCACAAGGUCAACCACAGGGAGCGUAUAAGCACAAGUGA